AUGAACGAACUCGUGGUGUCGCUGCUGUUUACGGUGACGGUGGCAGCGGCGGAGACCGCUCACGCGGUAUCGACGACAACGACGGCGACGCUGAACAACCUCGCGGCGGGACGUGUCGAGCUGGCCAUACAGGACCUGUACGCCGACCUCAAGACGAUGGACAUCGCCACGCGCGCCGCCAAAGGCAAAGCCGCAACCCCCGCUAUCCGUUUAGACGACGCGCUUUCGACCAAAGCCAGGUACGUGGCUGAAAGUCUGCAAUCGUUGGCCAGCGGCGGUACGGGCGCCGCGGACGGCAAACCGGCAACUAAGGCGGCCGCCGUGGCCGACGACGCGAUCGAGGGGAAAACUCGGCGCAAGCAAGUCAACGACGCCGACGCCCAGACCGGGUCGCUCGUCGACCGGCUGAUGAACAAGUGCGUGGAAAUAGCGCUGGCCAACAAGGUGGACGCCGACGGCGGCGGUUCCCGGGCGGCCAAGGCCUCCGGUAACGCCAAGACGGCCGGCGGUAACGUCAAGGCGGUCGACAACGGCAAGGCGGCCGAAAAAACCGGCGGCUGCGGCGCGAUACCCGCGAAAGUGGACGUGGAGGCGAUUGAACGGAUUUUUCUCGACGCGUUUCACGAGUUGGAGAAACUGAAGAAGCUCGAGUCGUCCGGUCGGUCGUCGUCCACCGUUGCCGCCAUUCCGAAACGACGUCAACUGAGCUCUGCAGUGCCGAUCUCUCAUUCGCCGUGCCACGCAGCCGGCAGAAUUUUCAACAAGUUCGGAAUGUUCAACAGACAACGCAGUUCACCCGUCGUCUCCGCCAUCGCCAACGAAAAAGAAGCAGAUUACAUAUAAUAAUACCGUUUCGUAUGAUUCU